GAGAGACAGUGAGUUCAGUAUCUUCCACUGAGAGAGAUAAUUGCUCGUCAACGGCCAUUGUUUUCGCUUCUCUCGAGAGGAGUGCGAUUUUCUUGGCUAAAGCUAUGGAGAGUUCUAAUCGGAAGAAAAUAAUUACAAAGCAAUUGACGGGAAAGAGGGAUGAUACUCCUCUUCAUUCAGCUGCUCGAGCUGGAAAUUUUGUUGCAAUGGAAGAAAUUAUUUCAGAAACUAAGGACGAGGAAUUGAAGGAUUUGUUGUGUAAGCAGAAUCAAGCAGGAGAGAUAGCUCUAUAUGUUGCUAGUGAGUAUGGGCAUGCUGAUAUGGUGAAGGAAUUGGUUAGGUACCAUAACCUUGAAACUGCUGGAAUAAAGGCCAAGAAUGGUUAUGAUGCCCUUCAUAUAGCAGCCAAACAAGGGGAUUUAGAUAUUGUGAAGGAGCUUCUGAAGUCAUUUCCGGAACUUGCCAUGACUGCUGCUGAUUUGUCAAACACAACCUCAUUACACACUGCUGCAGCACAAGGUCAUGUCGAGGUAGUAAAACUCCUCUUUGAAGCUGAUGCUACUUUAGCAAAGAUUGCGAGGAGCAAUGGUAAAACUGCACUACAUUCUGCUUCAAGGAAUGGGCACCUGGAAGUUGUGAAAGCUCUUAUACACAAAGAACCUGGACUCUUAUCGAGAACUGAUAAGAAAGGACAGAUUGCACUUCAUAUGGCAGUCAAAGGGCAUAACCUUGAGCUUGUUGACGAGCUUCUCAAACACGAGCCUUCUUUGAUCAACUUGGCAGACUCAAAGGGAAACACAGCAUUACAUAUAGCGACUAGGAAGUGUCGUCCUCAGAUUCUGAAAAAACUACUAGAAUUCAAUGAGACGAACAAGAAUGUCAUCAAUAAAUCAGGGGAGACAGCUCUUGACACAGCUGAACAAACUGGAAACUCCGAAAUCAUCACUUUACUACACAAACAUGGCGCCCAGAGUGGGAAGGGAAUCAAGCCACCGAACUCUGCACGAGAAUUAAAGCAAAACGUAAGCGACAUAAAACAUGGAGUCCAUUCCCAACUCGAACACACACUUCAAACAAGAAAGCGGGUCCAUGGCAUCGCAAAAAGGCUACGAAAACUCCAUGCUGAGGGCCUAAAUAACGCCAUCAACUCCACCACAGUGGUAGCGGUCCUCAUUGCAACUGUGGCAUUUGCUGCUAUAUUCACUGUCCCUGGCCAGUAUGUUGGUCAUAAUACUCCCGAGUUCGCAUCAGGGAGGUUCUCUUUAGGAGAAGCCUAUACUGCGCCUAACAAAGCUUUCAUGAUUUUCCUUAUAUUUGACUCACUGGCUCUCUUCAUAUCUCUUGCUGUUGUGGUUGCACAAACUUCAGUGGUUGUAGUAGAGAGCAAAGCAAAGAAGCAGAUGAUGGCAAUCAUCAACAAGUUAAUGUGGCUCGCUUGUGUUCUUAUGUCUGUGGCUUUUCUGGCUCUCUCUUUUAUUGUAGUGGGAGAUAGUCAGAGGUUGCUGGCAGUUGGAGUUGCAGUUAUGGGGACUAUGAUUCUUGUUGCAACUCUAGGAACUAUGUGUUAUUGGGUGAUCAUGCACCGAAUGGAUGCUAAAAGGCUGAGAAGUAUUAAGAGAUCGUCGCUAAGUAGGUCUUGGUCAUGGUCUGCAACUGGGGUUUCAGAUGCGGAGCUGUUGUAUACUGAGAACCAGAAACUUUAUGCGAUCUGAUAUUAACAAUCAAGGCUAUCCUAAGAGGUUUUUCUCUCUCUUAUGCUAUAUUGUAUCGAAGUUGUAAUCAUUUACCCCCUCGGGUUAAGCUCUUGUACAGCAUGAGCAGGCAAAGUCAGGGAGGGAUGAUACGAGGUUAUAGAAGAGCAUUAUAAUCUCCUAAUGUGUAAAAUAUUUUGCUGGACAAGUUAAUAUAUAUGAUAUAAAUGAAAGUCAUGAGAGCUCUCUUCUUUAAU